AUGUUUGAUGAUGAUGAAAUAUGUAAUAGUGAUUCUUCAUCAUCUCUCUCUGUCUCUCUGUCUCUUCUCUCCUUUCUUGAUAUUACCAAAAUGAAAGCAAGGAUCCUAUCCUCUUUUUCUCUUUUUCUACUUGCCCAUUAUCAACAAAUAGAGCCAAGGAUUAGAAACAAGAUUAGAAGGAGAAGACUAAGACAUUUGCGAAAGAAACAACAAAAAGAGUACGAACGUAACAAGGCAAAUAGUGUAUUCCAUCAACCAUACAUAUCUCCUCUUUUAACUGGUCCUGCUGCUGCUUCUUCGACAUCGUCUUCUCCCAACCAAAUAGUCAUACCACCAUCAAACAACGGAGCUACACCAGUUGUGCCAAUAAUCAAUCCUACAUCCAGUGAUAUCGAUAAAUUACAACAACAACAACAACAACAACAACAAAUAUCAUUGGUUCAAAAUUUAUAUCCUACCAUUCCAACAACAACAACAACAACAACUACUACCAAUACUACUAUUCCUACUGCACCUGCAGUUGUAAUUGCUCCAGUUAUAGUUGAUCAACAAAGUAAACCAUUACCUCAUACACCUUUGACCUCUACUACUUCAACGACUACUUGUACUAGACCAAAAUCUCAAGUGAUUGAUUCACCAGCAUUUGAUGAUCAAUUAACAGAUUAUAAACAAUUACAAAAAGAACGAUACCUAAAACAAAGACAAGAAACUAGUCGUGAAAGAUCAGCAACUCAUCACAGUCAUCAUAGUCAUCAUAAUAAUCAUCAUCAUAAUAAUAAUAAUCCUACCACUUCUACUUCUACAACUUCUACAAAUAGAAGAGCAUCAAUACAUUCACCAAACGUUUCUUCACCAUUGAUGAAAUCAACCAGUCCAAGAGGUGGAGUAUCAUCAAAACUUAAAAAAUCUGGAGGUAUUUUAUUCAACAAGAACAACAAGAUGACUGAAACCAAAUACUCUGAAUUAUAUUUUGCAUCAAAGGAUGGAUGUCUUUGGAUCAACGAUCAACAAUUACGUCUAAAAGGAAUUAAUUGGUUUGGAUGUGAGACUGAAACAUCUGUCGUACAUGGACUUUGGCAAAGAGAUUAUAGAGAGUAUAUUGAUUUCAUGGCACAACAUCAUUUCAAUGCAAUUCGUAUCCCAUUUUCACUGGAAAUGGUUCUAAAAGAUCCAUUCCCAACUUCAAUAUCAAUCACUCAAUCUAUGAAUACAGAUAUGCAUGGACUGCGUGCUCUCUCUGUACUCGAUAUCAUCAUUGAAGCCGCAGGUGAAAGAGGCAUGUUUAUCUUGUUGGAUCUUCAUUCUUUUGGUCCAAACGAUAGAUUACAUGAUGGUCUUUGGUAUAAUAAUCUUUAUAGUGAACAAGAUACUUUGAAAGCUUGGAAUAUAUUGACCAUUAGAUAUGGUAAUACAUGGAAUGUAAUUGGAGUAGAUUUAAAGAAUGAACCAUUUUCAGCAACUUGGAACAGUGGUAAUCCAUUGACUGAUUGGGACAAGGCAAUCAAUCGAAUUGGAUCAUACAUUCAAAAUCAUGGUGGUAAUCGUUGGUUAAUAUUUGGUCAAGGUGUACCAAGUCAACAACAUUCACAAAUGCAAUGUUGUUGGGGUGAAAGUUUUGAAUCUGAAGGUAGAAAUCAAAAUCAUAAUAAUCACGGUCAAAAUAAUUUGGUUUCAUUUGGAGAAGUAGGAAAUUCAACUGUUCAAUUACCAUUGAAUGAUAAAUUUGUUUAUAGUCCACAUUGUUAUGGACCAAGUGUAGUUAAACAUGCUCAUUUUAAUGCAUCAAAUUUCCCAGCCAAUAUGACAGGUCAUUGGGAUGUCAAUUUUGGUCUAUUACCCAGUUCAACCGGUCGAGCAGUAGUGGUUGGUGAAUGGGGUGGUAGAUACCUAGAUCAUCUUGAUCGAUUGUGGAUGGAUAGUUUUGUAGCGUAUCUUCAAAAGAUUGGUUCAACAGACUCUUUUUAUUGGUGUCUUAAUCCAAACAGUGGUGAUACUGGUGGUCUGCUAAAAGAUGAUUGGGUAUCUCCUCAUCAUGACAAACUUGAUCUACUCUACAAACUAUGUCCUCAUCCAACAAAAAUUAAAUUUGAUAAAGAUACUAGAUUAUUUAUUGUUUCAAAUCAUCAACAAAAUCAAAAUAAUAAUGUAAAUUCAACAAAUCAUUUGGAAAAUUAUCUCUAA